ACACUCUGUGAGGGCUUAUUGUGAACCCGGGCGACCACAUAUUCGUGUACUUUACGCAUGCGGACCCCUCGGACAGCGGACCUGUGGAUUUGUAGCCUUAGAAGUGCAAUAGUGGAUAUUUGAUACACAUUUUGUAGCGCACCUGUGAGCUAACUAACCCGCUAAAAGCUGAACCCUGCUAACCGGAGGAUGGAGACACGGAGCAGCCCGUGUGAGGCUCUACGGCUGCUGGGUGGACACGUCUGACAUCCGAGUAAACGCGCCUGUGCCUCAUGAAGCAUGUUAACACAGGCUGCGCCAGAGCUACACACUAUGUGGAAGAAGUCUCACCUGAUUUAACGGAGCUCGGCGGGAGUGUGAGCACCGUGGCUUCUUCAUUCUGUCAUUUGUUGAACGCUGGACAGCACCCAUCCAUCCGCACCACACGAGGGAUGUGGGGACCCCAGAAAACAGGGCUCUUUGACAUUCUUUCAUUGCCGCUGGUCGUGGCAGUGAUGUGCUGUGCCCAGAGCGUCAACGAACCUGGGAACAUGUCUUACGUCAAAGAGACUGUGGAUAAACUGUUGAAAGGAUAUGAUAUUCGUCUUCGGCCAGACUUUGGAGGUCCACCGGUUGCUGUUGGCAUGAGUAUAGACGUGGCCAGUAUAGACAUGGUGUCAGAAGUCAAUAUGGACUACACGUUGACUAUGUACUUCCAACAGUAUUGGAGAGAUAAGAGACUGGCCUAUGCGGGGAUCCCUCUCAACCUGACACUGGACAACAGAGUAGCAGACCAGCUCUGGGUCCCAGACACCUACUUCCUCAAUGACAAGAAGUCUUUUGUUCACGGUGUCACAGUUAAGAACCGUAUGAUCCGACUACACCCAGACGGCACUGUUCUCUACGGCCUCAGAAUCACGACGACAGCAGCCUGCAUGAUGGAUCUGAGGAGAUACCCGCUGGACGAACAGAACUGCACUCUGGAAAUUGAGAGUUAUGGUUACACAACAGAUGAUAUAGAGUUCUAUUGGAAAGGAGGAGACACUGCUGUGACGGGGGUGACACGAAUUGAGCUCCCUCAGUUCUCCAUAGUCGACUACAAACUGGUUUCCAGGAACGUGGUCUUUUCCACAGGUGCCUACCCUCGACUGUCUCUGAGCUUCAAGCUGAAACGAAACAUCGGAUACUUCAUCCUGCAGACAUACAUGCCCUCCAUCCUCAUCACCAUCCUAUCCUGGGUGUCGUUCUGGAUAAAUUAUGAUGCCUCGGCUGCCAGAGUUGCAUUAGGGAUCACCACUGUCCUGACCAUGACAACCAUUAACACCCAUUUAAGAGAGACUCUGCCCAAGAUCCCUUACGUCAAAGCUAUAGACAUGUACCUGAUGGGCUGCUUUGUGUUUGUCUUCCUGGCUCUGCUGGAAUAUGCCUUCGUCAACUACAUCUUCUUUGGAAGAGGUCCUCAGAUGCAGAAGAAACUCGCUGAGAAAGCACAGAAGGCCAAUAAUGACCGGGAAAAAUUUGAUAGACCCAAGGUCGACUCCCAGGGGAACAUUUUGCUGACAACCUUGGAGAUCCACAACGAGGUGGGAGGGAACGAGAUCACAACCACCGUGAGCGAGACCCACAACUCCUCCUCCAUGGUGUUCGACAACUCGGGGGUCCAGUACAGGAAGCCGAGCACGGCGCGAGAGCCGGGCCGCCUCAGCAUGGACAGGAACGCACAUUUUAAGAAAACCCGUCUGCGGAGACGAUCCUCGCAGCUCAAAAUCAAAAUCCCAGACCUCACCGAUGUGAACGCCAUCGACAGAUGGUCACGGAUAAUAUUCCCCUUCAGCUUCUCCCUCUUCAACUUGAUCUACUGGCUUUACUACGUCAAUUAAUGCUUUUUAUGAUGUUUUUUAAGCUCAUUUCUGUUUUUGUUUUUGAACGAGUGAACACUUCUCUGUGUAAGGAACAUAAUAUGGUAAAACCCUUAUGAACUUUUUUUUAUCAUGGCGAGUGAAGACUUUCAUGAGAGAACUGUCACAGGCAGUGUGCAAGGAAACUACAGAACAUGUAUUUUACAAAGACUGUACUCAUGUACUGUAAAUUACUCUCUGCUCAUCUGUGAGGAGACACAGAAUCUCAUUAUGGGUAGAGGACACUGCUCUGGGUCAGUUAUUAUAACUGUACCUAUAGUUUUGAAUAAAAUGUGGUCACAACGUAUCGCUAAUGACAAGACAGCUGACAGAGAUUCAUAGUAUUAUUACAUCUCUAGUUAAUUAGCUCUUUAGGGAAAUGAAAGCAGACUUAAAGGAAUAGUUUAGUCUUUUGAGAAAUACUCUUAUUUGCCUUCUUGUCGAGAGUAAGACGAGAACAUUGAUACCACUCUCACAUUUGCUGCAGCCAGUUAGCUUAGCUUAGCAUAAAGACUAGAAGCAGGCAGAAACAGCUAAGCGUAUUUCCUAGAAUCUCAAACUAUUCCUUUAAUUUGCCUUGAAGCUGAUGCCACCAACUGUUCACUGGUUGUUUUGAAGUGGACGCUGGAACUGCUGUGACCUUGCUCCUAUGACUAACAGGGGAUUUAACACUGUGUAAGGAUGUCAGAAAGUAACAUUGAUUUCAAAGCCCGGUUUUUAUUAACAGGAGGGAGGCUGAUGGAAUACCAGCAUUUUAUAAAACUCUCAUUCUGUCAUACACUGCCAUUAUUUAAAGGAAUAUUUUGACAUUUUGGGAAGUAAGUUAUUUGCUUUCUUUAGAUUUAGAUGAGAAGAUCAAUAACACUCAGUCAGUUAGCUUAGCCUAGCAUAAAAGACUGGAAACGGGGGGUAACCAGCCUGCCUCUCUCCAAAGGUGGAAAAUGAUCUCUUUACCAGCCCCUCUAAGCUCAAUAAUUAACUUGUUUAAACCCAUUUUUUUAAUCCUUGCAUGAACAGACAUGUAAAUUACGUGCCGUAACUAUUUCUCGGGACUCCACAAUUUGUCUUUUUUACAUUUUUGUGUGUGUACAGAGUAAACUUUAUGUGUUAUUAAUGAGCUUUAGAGGUGCUGGAUGGGGAAUUUUGUGAACUUUGGACAAAGCCAUGCUAGCUGUUUCCCUGUUUCUAGUCUUUAUGCUAAGCUAGGCUAAAUGACUGCUGAUGAGCUUCAUAUUUAGCAUCCAGACAUGAGAGUGAUAUCAAUCUUCAUCUCAUUCUCAGUAAGAAAGUGAGUAAGUGUUCUCAAAAUAUUGAACUAUUUGUAAAUUACACAUUUGCUAUUUCUUUACAGUAUUCAAAAAGCAUGCUAUGUAGCCAACAACAAUUUGGACCAUUUGUGUUACAUAACAGUGUAAAAAAAAGACUUUUACAGUGAAGAAACAUGUACAAUAUCUGAUCAGUUCACACUAUUUCACUCUUAGAAUAUUUUAUUGAUUUUGUGAAACACGUAUUUAAUACAACAUAAUUCACAUGGCCUUUGUUCUUUCAGACUGCAUGCUGUGUUAAGGACUGAGUGCAGACAUACCAUGUCAACCUUCACAUUCAGAUUUGUUGCUUCUUCAUGAAAUUUAAUGUACAUACUGUAACUCUGAUCAUUUUCUUUCAGUUCACAUUAAUUACAUGGCUUUGUUGUCAACAGUGUUUUGCGCAGUGAUUUCUGGUCUUGCUGUUCUGUUUUGUUAGUCUUUACACAACAUUAUA